AUGGAUAGAGCUAUAGUCAUUGGAAUUUGGUGGACUUUAGUCGGGCCCUUAAUAGUGAAUGGAGAUUUUCGGUUGCAAAAUGUGAUUUGCGAGUCCUUCGACACUUCAAUAUCAAAUUUUAGUCGUUGCGAGAUGAAGGUUGUUCGACGGGGGGUGUCAGCCUUCAGUAUGGUUUGGAAACUGUACAAAAAGCCCAUCAAUAAUGUGGAUAUCAAUGUGUCACUGUACAAGAAAUCAAAUGGCUAUCGACCAUUUCUCUUCAAUCAGACAUUGGAUUUUUGUUACUACAUGAGGAAUCCGCGGGCGCAUCCAUUAAUUUUUAUGAUGCACAAUGUGUUUUUAUCGGAGUCUAACAUAAAUCAUUCAUGUCCCUAUGAUCACGAUUUAAUAAUGAAGGACUUUACCUACAAGAAGAACGACAUGAACGAUCUACCCAUACCAAAUGGGGAAUAUAUGAUAAGAGUAAAAGUAGCAACUGAAAAAGUGUAUUUUGUAUCCAUAAAGAUUUAUAUGAAAAGAAGUGAUUAA